AUUGUCAUUUUCUGUUAAAAUUUUGUUGUGUCUGGUUUCCAAAAGCGGAAAGUGUGCAAGAUAUAUUAUUUUUAUACUUUUAUAAAAAAGUUAACACAAACAAUUUAGAACUAAUUUUAAUCGAAAAUAAACCACAAACAUGGCGGAUAUAAAGAAUGAUAUUGAUAGCGAUUUGGAUCAGAACUAUUCGCUAAGUAGUAAUGCGGAUCCAAAAAAUAUGCAGGAAUUGACAAUUUAUGUACAAAACCUGCUACAAAAUGUUCAAGAUAAAUUCCAGACAAUGUCGGACCAAAUUAUCACACGUAUUGAUGACAUGGGCAACAGAAUAGAUGAUUUGGAAAAAAGUAUUGCAGAUCUGAUGAAUCAAGCAGGUGUUGAAGGGCCAGAGAAGUAAAACGAAGCGGUUCGCGUAAAAACCUCAUAUUUUCCCAUGAAGCAUACUUAUAAAUAUCGCUCAUAAAUGCAAUAAUCUUAACAAAAUUAAGACAUUUAUUUAAAUUCCUAAACAAAAAUACAUAAUAUGUAAGUGCACACAUACACACAGCGACAUGUACGUCAUGUUAAACACAAAAGCGCACGAAAAUGCAACCUUAAAUGCUGAUAAGAAGAAUAAUUGGCUCAAAUGUGACACAAAAUGUUUAAUUAAGUUACAAACAAUACUUAUUUUAAUUAAGUGAAUUUUAAAUAUAUAAUGAUUAAGGAAUCAUUUUUGAACAUAUUUUAAAGUUUUUUUUUUUUUUGUUAUUUAUAUGUAAACAAUAACCAAAUGUGGGAGAAAAAGAAGUUCUUUGAUAUAUGUGAAUUUCUUAUUAAUUAUUGUAAUAAUUAUUAAAUAUUAAUUAUUUUUCUUAGUUUCCAUACACUAUGCAUAAUUCGGUAUAAUAAAUGAAUUAGUAAUUUUAAAUCAAAACAUGAAAAA